AUGUACGCCGCUCAGAAUAUAACGCCAACAGUUUUGGAUGCCAUGAACGGAAAUGUUUCCGAAUGGUAUAACGAAUGCGACAAUGCCAUUAGAAGGUCAGAAAUAGUUCCUGGAACUUACGAAUAUACAACUGCUGUUUCUUAUGGAAACGUAGGUGAGUUUGGAGAAGGUUCUUCAACAACAGUAGAUAUUGCUUGCGACAGGUUUCAUAUUAUUUCUAUUGACAACUCAUUCUUAUACGUGGAACAAGACAUUGAAAUAAAACCUUCUGCCAAGUUGUCUGACAAGAAAGGUUGCAAUGGAAUUUUCUAUGUCGGAUACCAAUAUGCUCCAGAAGUUUUCAUGGGAUAUAAGAUAUAUUCUAACUCUGACUUAGUUCAAACAGUAACAUGGGCAAACUAUGAAUGGUUCGCUUUGAGAAACUCAGUACAACCACAAGCUAGAGAACAAACAGACCAGUAUGCAACUAUUGAGAAAAUAAGAAGACUUGACCCUAACGUUCCAGGAGUUUAUGUUAACCUUUCUGGUUCAGAUGGAACUGCUGCCACUAAAGUAAAACUGAAACUUAGAGUUCCUUUGUCAUCUUUCCUCAUCUUCAGGUUUUUAAGAUACUUGCCAAACUGGGCAGGAAAAAUUUCUAUCGAACUUACUCCAAGCAAAAAUAACUUAGUCAUUGCACCAACACAAGACCCAUUCACUAUUACAGACGUAAAGGGAACAAAUCAAACGUCAUUCGCCGAAUUUUGCAAAGACAAAGUUGACUUAGACUUUGGUUUCUCAAACUUCAACAAUGAAGUAAACUAUUAUUUCAAUGCUGCUGGAACUGCUUGGGACCCAGUUAAG